AUGGCUGAGUGUCGUCGUGUUUCACAUGGAAUGCGCGUGUGCUCCCGGAAGCGAUACGUCUUCACCUCAACAGCCGUACUUCAACGUGUACACUUGCCGACGCCAGAGCGUUGUGUGGAAAGAUGCGUUGAGAAUAUGUCAUUUUGUAAAGCUGCCGUUUAUACGCCUUAUAAAGAUACGUCGAUUGGCGUUUGCACGUUGUUUUCGGAGAACAGCGUUCAACAGCCGACAGCUCUUCAUCCAGACGCUUCCGUGGAACCGGUGUCAACUGUUCACGAAAUUCUGGACAGCUGUCCUCAAUUCUCACUUCCUGAAAUAACGUAUAAGAUCUCAUCAAAUCACCGAAGAAAACUGGAAUCCAGCUUGGACAGAAUCAGUAAGAUUUCUUAA